UGUCUCCUCUUGAGCUCAUGUGGGGUCAAAGUGCCAGUGUCACCUGUUCUAUUAAUGGACUUUCAGGUGGAACAUUCAUUCUGAGACACUUAAAUCAGGAAGUUCAGACUUUAGGCUCCAACCCUGCCACCUUUAACUUACCCCAAGUGACUGCUGACAAUAAGGGGCCUUACCACUGUUUGUAUCGGAUGGUGCUCUCAGGUCAGACCUUGGAUUCACCCCAAAGUGACUCACUUCUCAUCACUGUGAAAUUUCCAAAGCCCAGUAUUUCUGUGUCCCCCUCUCGUGACGUCAUGUGGGGUCAGCAUGGAGUCAGUGUGACCUGUACCAUCUCAACUCAGAUUUCAGGAGGAGUGUUCAAACUUAUGCACCGACAUCGAGACAUUCAGACUUCAAGCAGCCCAACGUUCUACUUACCACGAGUGACCUUUGACAGUGAAGGGUCCUACCACUGUCAGUAUCAGAGAGACACCUCAGGUCCAGUCCUCACGUCUCCACAAAGUGACUCUCUUACUCUUCAAGUCUCAGUGGACCUUCCCGUGCCCAGCCUGUGUGUGUCUUCUCCUGCUGGGGGACACUGCUCCUCCGACACUGUCCACAUCACCAGGGGAGACAGUUUUGUCCUCAGCUGCUCUGUCCCCUCAGAUGUCCCAGAAGGCCUGUUCCUCCUGUGGUUCUCCGGCUCCAACAGCUCUGUCAGUGAGCCUUCAGUCAACCACUCAGCCUCCUUCUACUUCAAUGUGUCCCAGAGCCAACACCAGGGACAAUACAGCUGUGUGUAUCAGGUCACUGGGGCAGGACGCACAUACACCUCAGAGACAGUCCCCGUCCAAAUCUACACUAAAUUGCCACUGGUGCUCUUGGUCGCCCCCUCUGUGGUUGGAGUCGUCCUGAUUCUUGGUUUGGUUUCACUGCUGCUGUUCCUGGUCCUUAAGAAAAGAUCUCAAAGUCAACAUUCAGAAAGCACCGUCCAAGCACAGAUGAAUGCAGUUGGAAACCAGUAUCUCGAAGACAGUGAUGAGGAUGAGGCCGAUUAUGUGAAUGUUGAUGCACCACAAUGCACCAAACCUGUCUCUGACGCCCCGAUGAGGAGUAAUCAAUACCAAUACUGCACAAGAUUCAAUGCUGUUAGAGAAGAGUCGACCAAUCAAGAAGAUGAAGAUGAUGACGAUGAUGAUGAUUAUGAAAAUGUAACUAACACUGAGGAGCAGGACGACAUUUAUCAAAACUUCUAAAAUUCUGAGCAGCAAAGACUGGAUAUGUUUUAUAAUGGUAAGACAUUGGGGAAUGUGGACACUGGGCAGCAGUAGCUCUUCAGGUGGAUCACUUCCUCCAGAAAUAGAAGUUUGAUAAACCAACAACACACCAGCAUUGAAAUUUGAAUGACAAUAUCAGUAUAAACGAUGCUAGUGAAACCCCAAUACUUUAUCUCCUAACACCCUUAUUUCCUACGCCCCUUGAACACAUCAGUCCUUUCUUGUGCACAUGCAGCCUGCACAUAGCUAGAAACAGCAGUAGGACACAGACAGCAAUUUAACAAGAUACACAAGCCUUUAGAGCGUCUCACUUCAAAUCUAACAGAGCGGAGUGUGUUUGUUUUCUUGGAAACUCCAAGCCAGACCCAGAGAACUCUUAAAAAAUCCUGGAGCAGUGUGGCCAGCUGCUCAGGUUUUUGGAAAAGAUCUUUAGACCUGAAUAAACCACUUCAAAUCAGAGUAUGCCAGAUCAGAACACACUUUGUGCCAAAUGGAAAACAUUCAGUCCUGCACAUCAGAAUAAAGAACUGAGACAUUUAAACACCUUAAACUACCUUUUAUUUUUAUUUUUAGCUUGGCACUGUUCUCUUUCACAUUGGUUUAUGCAUUGUUCAACUGUAAUAACUCUGUUCAACUUUAAAUUCUCUUUCAUUUAGACGACUGCUCCAGAAACUAGACAACAGCUCUAGCCUUAAGAUACUAAGCAGAUGUUUCACUGGUUAUUGUUUGAGAUCUUCAAUAAUGAUUAAGUUCUGUACGUAGCAUAUUUGACUACUUCUUAGAUAUUUGAAAACUGAAAGUUUAUUAAGUGUGUACUAAAGAGCAGAACUUAAUCUUUUGUAAAAACAACUUGUAGCAACAUGAAGCUAACAGAGAAGGGUCAGAUAGA